AUGUCUGGAAGUAAAUUGUACUUGGGCAAACUGCCUUACGACACCACCAAACGCGACUUGGAGAGCUUUUUUAAAGGUUAUGGACGCAUCGAAGAAAUACUCCUGAAGAACGGUUACGGUUUCAUUGAAUUCGAGAGCUCCCGUGACGCUGAGGACGCAGUUUACGACUUGAAUGGUAAGAAACUGCUUGGUCAGAGAAUUUCCAUUGAGAAAGCCAGAGGUAAACCAAGAGGAAGAGAUAGAACUCUUGGUACAUCCGGCGGACGGAGCAUUCAUGGUCGCGGCAGGAAACCAAUUCGCACCAACUACAGACUACUGGUCGACAAUCUGUCGUCCAGAAUCAGUUGGCAGGACCUGAAGGACCACAUGAGAGAAGCCGGUGAGGUCACGUACGCCGAUGCACAUAGACCUUAUGUGAAUGAGGCCGAAGUCGAGUUUGCGUCUUAUGAAGACAUGAAACGUGCCAUCAAAAUGUUUGAUGGUUACAGACUUAACGGUCGUAAGAUUGAGUUGAGGGAGGAUCCGGAGACGAGACGUAAAAGAUCACCGUCUAGACGUAGGUCGUAUUCCCGAUCCAUGUCUAGGUCCAGGUCUCGCUCUCAAGGAUCUAGGAACAGAGGUGACAUCGAACAAGACUAUCAGAUCGCGGAUAAGCGAUCCAGGAGUCGUUCCGGAUCAUCCAAAAAGUCACUGAAGAGGUCUGCCUCCAGAUCACCGUCUAGAAGCCCGAAGAGGUCCAAGAUUGAGGAAGAUAGAUACUGA